CCUCGACCGCCUCCCUCCCUCCCUGCGAGGCGCGGGGAUCUCGGUCCGGCCUCUGCUCGCCUGCUGCACGCCGGAGGAGAACAUGGCAGCGGAGGAGGCCGCGGAGGCCGCGCUGGCUCAGCUGUCCCCCGAGCGGGAGCGGGACGAGGAGGAGGAGGAGGACGAGGAGGAAGAGGAGGAAGAGGAGGAAGAGGAGGAGGACGAAGAGCGGAGCCCCGGAGGCGGCGGCGAGGCCGCGGCGCUCAAUGGUGUGAUCGACCCUGGAAUGGUGAAAAGCAACAACCUGGGUGUGAAAGUUACUGAGUCAGAAGUGGAAACCAAAGAAAAAGGAACUGAGGAGGAAUCCACAAGGGAGUCUGAAAGUAACAUUUUGGAUGUUUCAUCUGAUUAUCCAAGAGAGAAACAUAUUUCCAUUCAAAGACAACUUGCUGAACUAGAGAAACUAGCUGACCUGAAUGAAGAUGAAAAGAAGCCUUGUCCAUUGUGUCCUGAGGAGAAAUUCAAAGCUUGCUAUGGUCAUAAACUCCAUCGUCACCUCCAGAAUUUGCACUGGAAAAUUUCUGUUGAAUUUGAAGGGUACAGAAUGUGCAUCUGCCACUUACCUUGUCGUCUAGUAAAGCCAAACCUCAUUGGAGACCAGACAUUUUCAAAGAUGGGAGCCCAUUACCAUUGCAUUAUCUGUUCAGCAACUAUCGCUCGGAGAACUGACAUGAUAGGGCAUAUUAAUCGUCAUGUGAAUAAAGGAGAAACUGAAUCAAGGUUUAUUACAGCUCCUGCUCCCAAGCCAUCUCAUGAAGUGCUGAAAGAGUCAGACACAGAUGUGCAGGUUCUUCCCAACUACUCCACACCGCAUAAAACAGAUUCCUAUUUUAACCCCAAAAUGAAACUCAACAGGCAAUUGAUAUUCUGUGCACUAGCUGUUUUAGCUGAAGAGCGUAAACCAAUAGAAUGUUUGGAUGCAUUUGGUGCCACUGGUAUAAUGGGAUUACAAUGGGCAAAGCAUCUCAGAAGUUCUGUGAAAGUUACAAUUAAUGAUUGUAAUGAAAAUUCUGUGACAAUGAUUCAGGAAAACUGCCAUUUAAACAAAAUGAAGGUGAAACUGAACACUAAGGAAGAAGACAAUGACAAAGCUUUGGGAGGUGGAGAACAAAAUACUGACACCAUUGAGGUGACAAAAAUGGAUGCCAAUGUUAUAAUGCAUAUGAGAUCGUUUGAUUUUAUACAUUUGGACCCAUUCGGAACUUCUGUGAAUUACCUGGAUUCUGCCUUUAGAAAUGUGAGAAAUCUUGGAAUCGUGUCCCUGACAUCCACAGACAUCAGUUCUCUGUAUGCAAAGGCUCAGCACGUUGCCCUGCGUCAUUACGGAUGUAACAUUGUCCGAACAGAGUACUACAAGGAGCUGGCGGCCAGAAUAGUAAUUGCUGCUGUGGCAAGAGCUGCAGCUCGCUGUAACAAAGGCAUUGAAGUUUUACUUGCGGUAGCUCUAGAGCACUUUGUUCUAGUAGUGGUCAGAGUUUUAAGGGGACCAUCUCCUGCGGAUGAUUCAGCAAAGAAAGUAAGAUACCUCAUCCACUGCCAGUGGUGUGAAGAGAGAAUUUUUCAGAAAGAGGGUAAUAUGGUAGAAGAAAACCCUUAUCAGCAGCUGCCUUGUGAUUGUCACGGCAGCAUGCCUGGGAAGACAGCAGUAGCUCUUGGUCCCCUCUGGUCAGGAGCCCUUUUUAAUACUGGAUUCCUCAGAAGAAUGUUGUUUGAGGCGGUCCAGUAUGGCUUAGAUGAAACUCAGCCGCUUUUGAAGACGUUAGUUUGUGAAGCUGAGUGUACAACUUUAAAGAAUUUUUCUACCCAUAGUCCUUACGAUGAGAACAAACAAGAAGAGUGUGGCGUAUAUAUAAAAACACCAGAUACUUCAGCAGAAUCCUGCGUGUUACAUGGAAAAAGAAAAAAUAAUGAAGUGGUGCGAAAUGCAGCCAAGCGACAAAAAUCUGACAACAGCGCUGAGCACCCUGCAUUCUACUACAAUAUCCACAGACACAGUAUUAAAGGAAUGAACAUGCCAAAGUUAAAUAAGUUCUUAAACUAUCUCUCUGAAGCUGGAUACAGAGUCAGUAGGACCCACUUUGAUCCUAUGGGAGUUCGCACGAACGCGCCCUUGGCGCAAUUUAAGACUAUUCUUGUGAAGUACAGCACUCCCACAUACACUGGGGGGCAGGCAGAAGGCCCUCUCCAUCUCACCGAAGAUGUCCACAUGGGAGACCAGGUUCCAGCUGCUGCAGAUGGCAAAGCAGGAGAUGCUGAAUUUCUGGAAAAUAUGACAUCUGGAGACGCUGCCACCGUGUUCACAAACGACUGCCCUACUCACUGCGCAGCUGAUUAAUGAAAAUCAUCUUGGUCAGGACGUGGCAACUGCACCCUGUCUGAGUACGCCCAUACUUCUUACAGAAAGAACUGCAUUUUGACAGUUUGAAGCACCUGCUAUUUUCAUUUGAGAAGACAGUUUUGAAUUAUGUAGCAGAAUUUACCACUAAACACAGCGUGUGUGUGGUCAAGGUACUCUUGCUGUGGGAGAGUCUCUUGACAGUUCUUUCACGCUCACAUCCACUUUUACACCGAGGCAUUGUGGUUACUCCCAAGUCUUUGUACGGCCUUAUUCAAACUGCUAGAACAGAAUCCAGAAGAGCGCAUGGGGCCAAAAGUCUUAAGUGUUUCUGAACAUAAGCUUAGUAUGAAAUGGACUACCAUUCCUAAACCCUGACCUGUUAGAAAUCAGAGGGAGGUCAUGUUAAGAUGGUGAAAUAGUAGAGAAUGAAGUGUGAUGUGAACUGAAGCAAGCAAGAAAUUGCUAACUCAGUGCCCUUCUAACUCCACAUUGCUCAUGUAAUUUGGCCUUCAGUUAGUUACAAUUUUGUAGUUCUAUCUACAGGCAAGAUCGUCACACAAAACUGUUACGUAAACUUCAGUUCUUAACCAAACUUCAGUGAUUUGUGUUUAGUCACACUAGGUAAUUGUCAGAGAUUAAAUUUGGUUGUAUACCAUGAGAGGGAACAGUGACCAGACACAAGCUGAAGUUCUGGAAAAAUAUGUUCAUAAUACAAUCUUUGCUGUUAAAAGAUCUCUUCAGUGAAUGAGCAAAGACGCAGUGUGUUGGUAGUCAUUUCUGAUUUCCUUAAAUAUAUGGCAGCAUUUCAGCCAAA